GAGGGAGGUAGACAGUCGGAAUCCACGGCCCUUAUAAGCCGUGAGACCGAAAAGUUACGUCUUCCUUGAAUCCCAAGAGAAGUAGUACAGAAACAUUCCCUGCUCCCGCAACAACGAAAGAGAGAGCUCCGACACUCCUCCCAUGGCUUCUUCUCCAACCUCCUCUUCCUGCUCUUCCCUUUCUUUCCACUCUCCUCCCAACCUUCCUGUAAUGGCCCUCAGAGACAAAAUCGUCGAGAAGAUCCAAGGAAAUCGCGUUACUUUAAUCGUCGGGGACACCGGUUGCGGGAAGAGCUCGCAAGUUCCUCAGUUCCUUCUAGAAGAAAAUGUUGAACCUAUAGUAUGUACACAACCCAGAAGGUUUGCCGUCGUUGCUAUUGCGAGCAUGGUAGCUAGAGCUCGUAAUUGCGAGGUAGGAGGUGAAGUUGGCUUCCACAUUGGACAUUUGAAGGUCCUGACACCAAGAUCCAAGAUAGUUUUCAAAACAGCAGGAGUUUUAUUGGAUGAAAUGCUUGAUAAGGGGAUUGCUGCACUUCGAUAUAAGGUGAUCAUUCUUGACGAAGUUCAUGAAAGAUCUGUGGAAUCUGAUCUUGUUCUUGCAUGUGUGAAGCAGUUUAUGUUGAGAGACAACAGUUUGAGGGUGGUCUUGAUGUCUGCUACAGCAGAAAUUUCAAGAUAUAAGGAUUACUUCAAGGAUCUUGGUAGGGGUGAAAGGGUAGAAGUCCUUGCGAUUCCUAGCUUACCGCAGCAAACAAUUUUCCAAAGAAAAGUGUUGUAUCUUGAACAGGUCACCGAGCUCCUUGGAAAAAAUUCAGAAUCCUCAUCAGAUGGAUACUGUUCUGGGCUGAGCCACUGUUCUGCUAAUGCUGAUAUGAAACCUGAAGAGCACCAGCUUAUUCAUGAUCUAGUGAUGCACAUUCAUGAAAGUGAAACUGAUGUGGAAAAGAGUAUUUUGGUUUUCCUUCCAACAUACUUCUCGUUGGAGCAGCAGUGGACCCUUCUAAAGCCCCUUGCUCAUUUCAAAGUUCACAUUCUGCAUCGCAGCAUUGACACUGAACAAGCACUCAUGUCUAUGAAGAUCUGCAAGUCUCACAGAAAGGUGAUUUUGGCCACAAAUAUUGCGGAAUCAUCAGUCACCAUACCUGGAGUAGCAUUUGUCAUUGAUUCAUGCCGAUCUUUACAAGUCUUUUGGGACACCAAUAGGAAAAAAGAUGCAACAGAGCUUGUAUGGGUAUCCAAGUCUCAGGCUGAGCAGCGUAAAGGAAGGACAGGUCGGACCUGUGAUGGCCAAAUCUACCGAUUAGUUACUCGGUCAUUUUUCAACAGCUUAAAUGAGCAUGAACGUCCAGCUAUAUUGAAUUUAUCAUUGAGGCAUCAAGUGCUAACAAUUUGUUGUGCUGAAUCUAAAGCCAUUAAUGAUCCCAGAGUCUUGUUGCAGAAGGCUAUGGAUCCACCAGAUCCUGAAGUUGUUGAAGAUGCAUUGAGUUUGCUUGCUCAUGUUCAUGCAUUGGAAAAAACAGUCUCUCACAGGGGUCGGUAUGAGCCAACAUUUUAUGGCCGUCUGCUUGCGAGUCUCCCAUUGUCAUUUGAUGCUUCAGUGAUUGUACUCAAGUUUGGCGAGAUUGGGCUGCUAAGGGAAGGCAUUCUGAUUGGAACAUUAGUCGAUCAGCUGCCUCUACCCAUUCUUCACCCUUUUGGUGAUCAACAUUUGGUACUGCCUAUUGACUGUAUUGACCUAGCAGUUUCUGACAUGCAUGGGGCUAUUUCCAAAUUACUCUUAUGCUUAUUCUUUAUCUUUGUGGUGCAGUAUAUAGAGUACUUAGACAAGUACUUUGAAGGGACGGCGGUACAUGGUGGUAGAAAGGAAGUGGCAUUGAUGGGAAAUCUAUGUGCUUUUCAGUUUUGGCAACGUGUAUUUAAGGAUAAGCAUCGUCUGGAACAGCUUAAACAACUAGUCGAGGUUCAUGAGCCAAAAUCUACUACUCAAUCAGUGAUGUUGAAGAUUGAACAGGAGUGGUGCCAUUUUCACAAUCUUGUGCAGACAUCACUACAUCGUGUCUCUGAAAUAUAUGAAGAUGUACUCAAUGCAAUGCACCGUUUUCGGCCUAAAUUUCUGGCCAUGGCAAAUGGACUACCCUCUUACUACGAUCCUUAUGAAUUUAAGCACACAUGUCUCCUUCAUUCUCAGCCAAGUGAUGUGGAUGCCCUUGCCAACGAUGAUACUGGCCUUUCUCCGGCUGUAACAAGUUGUGUUGCUUUACCAUUCGUGGCUCCCAAGCAAUUCCAAGCUGAUGCUGUGGCUGAAAACCUGGCCGCAGUUAUCAAAGAGAUACGGGUCCAAUUCACAGAAGACACUUCUCUGAAUCAAAAUCAAAGUUCAAGUGGGCUACUUUCUCAUGUCACAGAUGAAACUUCUCUAUGUAGAUUCUUCAUGAAUGGCUUGUGCAACAAGGGUAGCCAGUGUGUCUUUUCUCAUUCCUUGCAAGCAAAAAGACCCAUAUGCAAGUUUUUCCUUUCGUUUGAGGGUUGUCGUAAUGGAGAUUCUUGUUUCUUUUCACAUGACUGUGGUACAACUGCACCGAUCCAUGACAGCCCAAGCUAUUGUUUGCCUGAAGAUGAAGUUGCUGAGGCCGCUCUGCUUCUAGACUUGUUGCCUACAACUGGAGAUGGCUGCAUUCUUGUAAUAGAUGAUACCAAUCUGCAUUUUUCAUCUAAUCUCUCCCACCAUUGUAAUCCAACGAGUAUAGUUGCCACUACGUCUAAGCCAUAUUCCUCAUCUGAUGCCUCAGCUAUGGGUCUUACAGUACUAUCGUGUGAUCCACUUCACUCAAUCAUUACAAAUGAAGGAGAAAUCACCAUCCCCUGGAGAGAAGUGCUGUGUGCUCUCUGGUUCGCACAGUUCACAGUCGAUGAUGAAGACUUCGAUGUACAGCGCCGCCUGGUUCAGAAGUUUUUUGAGUUUCUUGCAAUCAGGAUUUUGGCAGACACUUUGUAUGAUGUACAGGUGAUCAUUACCAUGAACAACAGCAGAUUUGCGCAGCUACAGGUGGAGAGAUUGGGAAGGGAAUGCUUCUUCUUCCUUUCAGAGUCAUUCCCAUUCGACGAAUCAACCUUUGGGGAGUUCUCUGACAGAAACAGCACGAAGAGGCCACUGACAGUGUCGAGGCCCGUUUCUUAUGUUUUCAAUAUGCAGCCGCCGACCGACCUGCAGUUUGGGGAUUACUCAUCUGCACUCAACAAGUGUCUAUACAAUAACCAGUGAGUACAUCUACAUCAAUUUUCACAUCUGUGCGUAGGAAGUAUAGUGGGUUAUGGAAUCGAUGUUUACGACACUGACAUAAACUAGCCCGUAGACGGCCAAUUAUAUAGAGGUUGAUGUGAAUAUGGAAUGCAGGUCAUGGAAGUAACUACCGGGAGCUUUUUAUGUCAGCUCCCUUCAUCUA